AUGGCGAAGUGCUGGCGGGCUGCGUUCGGAUGGUAUGGUGGCUUUCUCGCCUUCACGCUGGUACACCUCGGGGAUUUCGUACUCCGGAUGUGGAGCAUUGCCGAGUACAUCCAAUCCGGGCUGGAGAUUCCAGCCUACGUCUGGUUGGUGCCCUUACAGGUUAUCGGUGCUCUUCUGUCCAUCUACAUCACGUUUCAUGAUGCAGAUGUACUCCUCAUCCUACACAACACCUCUGGAUGGGCGAAGGUUUCGGUGGCCAUCCUCUCCUUUCUCUUCCUUGGCUGCUGCCAAGUCAUUCAGGUGAAGCGUGCAUGGUCCCGGCAGAUGCACGAUGCCGAGGUUGUGAUCGAGAUGUCUGACAACGAUCUCGGUGUUGCGCGGAAGGAGUCCACAUAUGACGACCGGGCGGCCAAUGCUUCUAGCCUGCACGACUUUGGCGCUGCCGAGCGCAUCACCCCGGUCGCGCUGCUGACUGGCGUUCCCUUCCUCCUCGUUCACGCCAUGAUCUCUGCACAGUAUGUGCAGACUCGGUCAGACCAUCAAUCUUGGUGGCUGACCACCUGUGUCCUGAUCAUGACAGUCAGCUUCGGGAUUGUGGACAUAGAUGUUUCUGUCUCCUCCUACGUGGUGAAGCGCUACCAGAUGAACUCCCAG